UAGAAAUUUGACAAGUCACUAGAAAUUUGAGGUUGGAAACGCUUGACUUUGUGUCAAAGGCAGGAUCAAAAUUGAUUUUUUAUUUUAUUUUCAAGUUUUGGGCAAAAAUGCAUGGAAGAAUCAAAGUCCGCACUAGCGAAGAACAAAGGUUGCAAAAGGAGAAAGAGCAACAGAAGAAACUGGCAGCUUAUCGCAUGGGAAUGAAGCAGAUCUUAUCGACGAGAAAUAAGGAGAAUUAUGAUCCGGCUUCGUUGCAUUUAAGUGGUCAGCUUUUGAGUGUAAAUCCCGACAUUUACACUCUGUGGAAUUACCGCAAAGAAGUAACGUUAAUGGAACUAAAGGAGAAUGAAGCAGGUGCAGAGAGUGAAGAGAAGUCGAUAGAGUUUUGUGAAAAUGAGUUGAGAUUGACUGAACAGUGCCUUCUUUCAAAUCCCAAGUCUUAUGGUUCAUGGCAUCACCGUUAUUGGAUUUUAAACCAUCAUCCUAAACCCAACUGGCAGAGGGAGUUUGAUUUAUGCACUAAAUAUUUAACCAUGGAUGAUAGAAACUUUCAUUGUUGGGACUUUCGCCGUUUGCUAGUCAAUAAAAUUGGUAUUACAUUGACUGACGAAAUUGCUUUUUCAACAGAACGAAUUAAUGUCAAUUUCUCAAACUACUCCUCUUGGCAUUACCGAAGUACACUACAGUUUUUAACAGAUUCUGAAAGCGUGGCUAAAGAACUAACUUUGGUCCAAAAUGCCGUGUUUACUGAUCCAAUUGAUACAAGUGCUUGGUUUUACUUGAGAUGGGUUUUAAGCAAUCCAAAUUUAAAGAAAACCCAAAAGGACGAAUUGUUGGGGGCUUUGGAGCAAUUGCAAGAAUUGGAGCCCGACUGCAAAUGGAUUGUUAUGGCCAAAUGUUGGUUAUCGGGGAAUAUAGCAGUGCUAGAUAAGGAACAUGUUGAAAAUAACGUUCAUUAUUACAAGGAGUUGAUCAAGUUGGAUCCGUUACGGCGAGGCCAUUAUGAGGAUUGUUUGAAAAGUGUUGAAAAACUUGAUUGAUUUGAGUGCGAUUUUUUACACUUAAGUCGAAAUAUACUUGUGAUUAUUGAUCAUUAAAUAAAUGGAUAAGAACAUA